UCACGUCACUCCGCGCUCGGACUUCGUCGUGAGCGGACGUCUCGCGUCAUCGUAGCCGCGUAGACUACAGUGUAACUCGCGUAAUCGUUUUAACAAAACACCGUGGGCUAGUGUAACGUUCUUGUGCGUAUAUAGCAAUUGAAAAUUGUUCCGGACUUACAAUUUUGCUAUCGAUCGUGUAAUUUUUUGUGAUAUUUAAAUUUGGACGGAAAAUUGAACUGUGGAAAUUAAAUAAAUAAAGACACUGCGGAUUUCGUAAAUAAGAAACUGAAGUGCGACAAAUAUUUAAGAACGUCUGUGUUGUGUUCGCGAAAAUAUGAAAUAAAGACUCGGAAUUUUCGGCUUUUAUUUGAUUCGUAAAUAAAUGAUGGGUGUAAACAGUUGUAUGAGCGUGAGGCAGCAGCCCAGGGGCGCGUGCCAUUGUCCGGCUUGCCCUAGGGCUUCGGGUCACGGCGCUCCACUACCGCCACCAACCCUGGUCCUACCACCGAUGGCUUUAGAACCCGAAACGACCCCCGUAAAGGACAAGAAAGGGUCCAAAAUGAAGGUUUUGAAGAAAAUCAAGAAAAAGAUUGGAUUGGCCCCCCGAACGUCCUGCACGGGUGGCACGCCAAACAACUUGCCACCGCUGAGCUUCCACUCGGUGCACGGGGAGAAUGUCCGGGUAUCCCGGGACGGCUUCACCGCCAGACGCGUCGAGUCCUUCUGCAAGGGAGUUGCCUUCAGCGCACGCCCCGUCAGAGUCAAUGAAAAGGUCUGCAUUCGCUUCGUGGAGAUAUCGAACAGUUGGAGCGGCGUCAUCAGGUUUGGAUUUACCACCCACGAUCCGGCCACCUUAGCCCACAGCCUGCCCAAAUACGCCUGCCCAGACCUGACCAACAAGCCUGGCAACUGGGCCAAGGCUCUUGGCGAGAGAUUCUGCGAGAAGGAUAAUAUGUUGCAUUAUUAUGUUAACUCUGCUGGUGAUGUCCAUUUCGCUGUCAAUGGAGAAGACAAGGGACUGUUUUUCUCAGGAGUUGACACACGAAACCCUCUAUGGGCGCUGGUUGAUGUGUACGGAAAUUGCACUGCUGUACAGUUCGCGGACCCAAGAGCCCCAAAUCAGAGGAGGUCCAACCCCAACAUUGAAGAAGACAGGAUCAUCUCAUCGAUGCGCUCCCUAUCCGUUGAGGAAGCUUUACCAGCGCCGAGAUAUCAAAACCCUUUGGUGCCACUCUCCUUGCAUAGAACUAAAGGACGGAACGUUCAUUUCGUCAACGACAGAGGCGUAGCGGCGAGGAUAGAAGCCGAAUUCUGCCAAGGAUACGUGUUUACAGCGCGCCCAAUGCGCCCAGGACAGACUAUUGUAGUCCAAAUCUUGUCUACAGAAACCGCUUAUGCAGGCAGUCUUGCCAUCGGCCUGACCAGCUGUGAUCCGGCAACUUUACGCACAUGCGAUUUGCCAGAUGAUGCGGAACAACUGCUGGAUAGACCAGAGUAUUGGGUUGUGCGUCGGGACGCCGCUAACGGGUUAAGAAGAGGCGAUGAGCUGGCAGUAACAUUGACUUUAGAUGGCGAGGUCCGCGUCAGUCGGAAUGGCUCACCGCCAGUAACGGUUAUGCACGUGGACCAUACUUUAAGGUUGUGGGCGUUUGUGGACAUUUAUGGAGCUACUCAGAAAGUGAGGAUGCUGACGUCACAAGUGCCAGCGCAGACGCCCCCUCAGCAAUUGAGGGUGAUCACAGGGUCUGCUCAGCCCAUAGCGACGGGAGCUGGUGGCACGGUGCUGGUUGUCAGUCUACCGCCGCAGAAUAACAACCAGAAUAAUCAACAGGCUUUGACGCUGGCCAGCGCGCAUUAUAUUGAGCCAAUCCAGACAUCGUCACAGCUCUGCCUCGCUGGUUUACAACCCGCCCCGGUACAGCAAGCCCCACAGGUGCAACCUUAUCGCCGAACAGAAUGCACCACCAGCCAAAACAACGUCAACGAACAAUCCUGUCCUAACGGCGAAGCUGUACGCGUAGAAAGACCUAGACACGUCCCGAAUAGAGUUGAAAACAUGCCGUCAACCAGCCAACAUGGUCACCAGCCUAUUUACUCUGUAAUCGGUGAGGGGAACCUCACGGGGACAGAGUGCACUAUAUGCUACGAGAAUCCUAUAGAUAGCGUGUUAUAUAUGUGUGGGCAUAUGUGUAUGUGCUAUAGGUGUGCUGUGCAGCAGUGGAGGGGGAAAGGCGGCGGGCAGUGCCCAUUGUGUAGGGCGCAAAUUAAAGACGUAAUUCGAACGUAUAAGUCUUGAUGAGGUUAGGUUCCGAUGUGGGUUUGGCUCUGGAAUUUUGUCGCGUAAUAUAACAGUUUAAAAAGUCAAUCUGUCAAAAUGACAGUACCGAUAGAAUUUAGAUUGACAGCUCUAGAUAUAGUGCCGGAUGGCUUACGCUUAGUUGUAGAACUGUCAAAUUCAACUAUAAUGAAGUUCGGUUCGUCAGAAAGGACACGUCAUGUUAAAAUUGAUAAAAACAGUUUUUUCCGUUUAUUAGUAAUUGACUAUAAUUUCAGAGCCAUAUCUCUAUUUUUGCAAUUAUUUAAUCUGUGAACUGUUUGAAGUACGUAAGGGAGCGGGAUGUAGGUACUGUGUUAUUGAUGAGCGAAAGAGACGAAUAGCUGUCUAUAGGUUUCUAUACUAUUUAUGCCAAAAACUGGACGUGACUUUGACAUUUAAUUGACAUUUAGGUAUAUAGCUAUGUUAGAAUCCAAAAAUGUGUAUAUAAUUUAUGGGGUAUGCAUAAUUUAUUUAAAACCUUAUGCAUUUGGGUUUGGGCUAAAACAGUAUUUUCGACGUAAUUUUACCCCUGAAAUGGGGAAAAGUAAUUUACACGACAACACAAUUGCGAUUGGCUGUAUGGAGAAAAUUCUAACGCCAUUAAGUGUUGCUAACUAAAAGUUUCACUGGUUGAAAAUAUAAGUUAUAUCGACAAUUUUUAGAAUAGUAUUUAAACGCAAUUAUCGGGCUAAGAAAUAAACGUUAUGACAUUAUUAAAUAAACGGCAAAGCAUAAUAAUAUAUGAAAAUUAGUAUACAUUUAAUAAUAUAUACUUAUAUUUUUAAGUUUCUAUGUAAAAAUCGGGAUUUCGAAGACAUAAAAUUAUUCCAAAAAGGCGCCCAAAAUCCGCGCGCGUUUUUAUUAAGUGAAAUAUUUAAAAAAUACAUAACCUAACAAUGACUAUGUUUAUACAAAAUAUUACUUGACUAAUUUUACAAUUUUGCGAAGAAAACGUAACUGGAAGGGAGUAUAGAUGGCUUUUUAAGCUGAUUAUUCUAAACCAAACUACUGUAGAAGUAUUAGGGACAGAUACAUUGUAAAAUUGUAGCGUUAUGACAGAAAUCUAUUGAUGAAUCUUACAGUUAAUAAGGGCUAACAGUAGAGGGGGUAAUAUCCUGAAAGCUAAGGUAUUCAACGUCUAUUUUGAUAGACAGAAAGAGACACGAGAUAUUGACUCGUUCGAUUACCAUGACUGUCAACAUUGUCAAAUUAAACUUCGCGCCAUGGUGAAGUGAUGUGAAGUUCGUCAGUCUUUCAAAUGUCAAAUUUCUGCCUCAAGAUAGACUUUGGUGUUACCAUUGCAAAUAAUAUUCUAGCUAGUUAGAAGUUAGCUACAGGGCGACUAGCCUUAUUAGCUAAGAGGCUACGCUAAAAACACUUGUAUAUAGGUCGAGUAGAUAUGCUAGGUGUUAACUUAGGGUUCCUAGGACAUAACUAGCCAGCAAACACGUCCGUCGCGAUAAAUUGGUGAUAGUAAUAAUGCAUUUAAUAAUUUAAAAACCAUAUCGUAAUUUUUACUUUUUUUUCUACUGUAAUGUUACCAUUUAAGAGAGUUGUGAAAUGUUUGGCGGGAAUUUUUCCACACUUCGAUUGGAAUUUUAGCGGAAACAAUCGGUAGAUUUUUAACGCUACCGCACAGUGUUGCUAGUGCUAAAUUUUUCGUAUCGCCUCGGAAAGAUUUCAGCUGGAACAUUUUUUGAAUCGAUCGACAAUAUAAUAUUAUCCAGAGCUUUAAAGAAAAUUAUUGGAGUAAAAAUCUACAAUCAUUCCUUCAAUGCUCAACUUUAUUUCGAGUGGCAACAUUUUCGAAAGCAUAUCAUUUUGACUAGACUUUCUCGACAUAUCCUUUUUCUAACAAUUUUUCAAUUUGUAAAUAUAUUUUUAAUCAUUCCCUUUAUAAGCGUUUUGUAGGUGAUUACCAUUAAUUUCAUUUAUACCAAACUUUUGCCGCCAGUUUUCGAGUAUUUAGUUUUUAAUGUAACUUUGACUUUAGGAUUCUAAAAUUUUGGAAAUAUAAAAUGGGUGAAUUUUUGGAAGUACCUGUUUUUCUAAAGUGUUGGCCACGAAAUGUGGACCUCGUAAACCAUUCGGCUCACAUUAUCGUUCAAAAAAAUGGCAUAUUGCAGGUACUUCAGAAAUUCCCUUAUAUGUGCUCGAAUUUUAAUCUGAGAUUUUCUUAGAAUUUAGAAUCUUAUCGUCUUCUAGUUUAUAACGACAUAUUUAUUAAUAUUUUUUAAGACAGUUACGGACCACUAUACCAAAACAGUGUGACCAGUUUAUGAACAGAAACCCUGCUAAUUUUACAAGAGUUGCGAUUUUCAAGCCAAAUCUUAAAUAAGUAUUUAGUAAAACCUGUAAAUAAAAAUUAAAAUAAGUAAAAUGGUGUCGUUGAUACAUGUUGUUAAAUAACCUCUCGAUAGGAAUUAUUAUUUUUUGUCUAUUUUGGUGCUAGAAGACAAAAAAAAUAUAAAUUACUUCUUUUUCUGCACUUUUAAAAUUCACAAUACAUCUUGUACUUACAUUUUUUCUGUCAAUUGUAAUAAUAUUAAUACUGUAUACUUUUUCUGGAAAUAUUUUCUGUAAGAACAGACUUAAUUUUUAUUAUAAUCCAACAGCUUUAAAUUAUAAUGACGUCCUUCACUUACUAUAAGGACAAGAAAGAGAUAAAGCUAGUUUUAGAGCUGUAAAAGUAUAAUAAAGCUAAGUCUGUUCCUGUCGGAAUGAUGGGGGUCAAAAGGGCCACAUUGAAGAUUAUGUUAUUUGACAUUUUGUCGACAUUGCACACUUACUGGCAUGUCAAAUUACAAUAUUUCUUUUUAGAUUAAUUGUGUCAAUGUGGCCUUUUUAACCCCCUAGCACUAAAGUGUUUUCAAUUUUUGCUAACUCAAGAGAGGAGCAUGUAUCAAAUCUACGAUUCCUCAAAAUUAUUUCUUUUCGAAACUGAUUUUAAAAUGAUAUUUUUAAAAAGACACGCUAUGAAUAAAAAAUAUUUAAGUAUUCAUACAAAAAGCUGUCUUCUAAUAUUAUUGUAAAAUCAGUUAACAUAGCGGCCAUUUUAAAGUUUGGAGUAACAACAAAAUGGCCGACAAGGGGAAAAUUUUGCGCAGUCGUAGACCAAAAAUAAUUUAUGUGAUAAUUUAAUUUCGUUAACGUAAAAAGCGUAAUUUUUCAAGCACCUUGUACAGCGUUGGCAUCUAGUCGAUAGUAAUUUUAAUUUAUUUUGAUUUCGAUACGACUUCUUGAUAAUGUUGAGGUUUUAGUAUUAAGUUUUGAAAAUAAAAAUGGUUAUCAACAUUA